UCCGCGAGUGACCCGCGCAUUGUCGUUCGUUACCCGUUUGUAUUGAAGAUUUGCUUUCGGUCGUCAGCCCGUAAGCGUUCGUAAAUUAAAUUUCAUUUGUAUAUCGGUGCGACUUCCUUUAUAGUGUUGAAGACAUAUUCAGUGAAAAUGGAGAUUAUAAACAGGAUAGUGGACGGCUAUCAUGAUCUGAUGGACAAUCAGAGCGACCAGAGAGUAAAGGACUGGUUCCUGAUGUCUUCACCGUUUCCCACGUUAGCGAUCUGCCUCACCUAUGUUUUCACAGUAAAAGUAUUGGGACCAAAAUUAAUGGAAAACAGAAAACCCUUCGAGUUAAAGAACGUUCUCAUUUGGUACAAUCUCUUCCAAGUCAUAUUCAGCAGUUGGUUGUUUUACGAGAGCAUUGCCAGCGGUUGGUUUACGUCAUACAGCUUCAGAUGCCAACCGGUUGAUUAUUCUAACAAUCCUCAGGCGUUGCGGAUAGCAUAUGGAUGCUGGUGGUACUAUUUCUCGAAAUUCACAGAGUUCUUCGAUACGAUCUUCUUCGUGAUGCGUAAGAAGUUUGACCAUGUGUCGAAGUUGCACGUCAUCCACCACGGCAUCAUGCCUAUGUCGGUCUGGUUCGGAGUCAAGUUCACGCCGGGUGGCCAUUCUACGUUCUUCGGAAUGCUUAACACGUUCGUACACAUCAUUAUGUACUCGUACUAUCUGCUUGCUGCCUUCGGUCCUCAGGUUCAAAAGUACUUGUGGUGGAAGAAGUACCUUACCGCACUACAGAUGGUUCAGUUCGUGAUGGUGUUCUUGCACGCAUUCCAAUUGCUCUUCAUCGACUGCGAUUAUCCUCGUGCUUUCGUCUGGUGGAUUGGAAUGCACGCUGUUCUCUUCUACUACCUAUUCUCUGACUUCUACAAACAGGCUUAUAUCAAGAAGGCCAAGAGUCUGAAAAUGAAACAAAAGGCUGAAGUUGAAUCAUCGAAGACAGAUUACGAAUCGAAAGAAAGGAAGCUGCCUCUUUUGAAUGGGUUCAGUAAUGGUUCCGCAUUGGGUGACGUUCGGCAAAGGAUGGCCGGAGCGGUUGCGUCGCAGUGAUGGAAUCAUCAUGAAGUAGCACAUACCAUGGCAUCUUCUUCUAGUGACGUAUUUUAUUGGGCACCAUAAGGCUUUGUGAAAUGUGUCAAACAUUGGCGCGAGUUUUAACCCAAGUCAUAUGGUUGGCCCAUCGUCAUCUUGCCCUGGAUCUAAGUGUUAUGGUAUCAAUGGAACUAUAUAGAGGUCUGUGUAUGUGUCGUAUAGACGGACAAAGUACAAAGUGAAUCUCGGAUAACCUUAAAAAGUUAAGCUCAAUUAGUUACAAAUAGUGAUGGUAUAAUUAAGUAGAAUAAUCAUUGGUGCUGUUACAGAAGCUCAGCCGAUAUAUUGUGCUCAAUUUUAUUCUUGAUAAUUACACACAAGAUCACAAAAAUGUUGUAAUAUUGGUUGUUUUAAUGUGUGUCUGUUUUUAUAAAUGGUUUCUUCACAAUUGAAGUGGUUUCCUUACAUUUUGUAUUGUAUAAGACAUUAAUGUAUUUAUUUAACAAUUACGAAAAACUCCGUGGCUAGUUAUAUGGUGUGUAGCAAGUUAUUAUAUUAUAAUUAUUAUUGCCUUGGCUUGUGUCGUUUUAAUGCAUUUGAAUUCUACUAUAAUUAUUAUUUUUAUUGCAACAGUUUUAAAUAAGACGCAAAGUUCAUCUGUCACCUCCAGGAAAUGUAUUUUAAGGUUACUUGGAAGGCUAACUCAUAUUUUCCGUAAUAUGUAAUAUGUAGAUGACUUGAUAUUCUAAAAAAAGAAAAACUGGCCAUGUAGGGUUUUAUUAAAUGUUCGACAAGAAAAAAUAUGUUGGAAUUUUGUUCUUUCUCUUCGUUACGCUUUAUAUUAUUUAAAUAUGAUUUUUAUAUGACAGUUAUUAAUCUGUGAACGACUUCUGUAUUAUAAAAAUAAUUAAACAUAUAAAAAAAAAAUCUUAAUGUAAUAAAAAUUUUUAGUUUCUUCAUUUUAAAUCCUAAAACACAAAUUAAAGAAGACGAGACAAGACUAACCGAACCAACUCUCAAUCAACAACUCAUUAACAAAACACAUGUUCAACAUUUUUCAAAAAUAACGUAACAUUACAUAACAUUAAGGACAUAGGUUGGUAAUAAAAUAGUUACAAAAUAAAACUUUUUUGUACUAGUUAUAAACAUCUAAAUUUAGAUGCAUUACAAUGGAAAAGGAAGCAAAGUUAGUUUGGUCCGGUACCGAGUACAAUGAGGUGUAUAUAUCUUAGUGUCAGAAUUGACAGCUUUCAUUGAAUAUAAAUAAUUUGAUGAAAAUCGAAUAGCAUGUCAUCUUUACAGUAUUUUACCUUGAACGACUGGUCAACUUCAGCAACAAGCACAUGUGUCGUAUCGUGGGUGUUAGCCGGCUUAUUGUAUUUAUCGAGUUAUUCGACAUGUAGGCAACAUAGUGCAGAUUCUAAUGCAUCUAUUACAAACACUGUAUACAUUAAUAAAGGGUCUAAGCAAAUAAUAUUAAUAAGCAACAGAAUACAUUGCUUGAAGGUUGUAGUCAAUAAAAUUAGGUAUCGGCGAUUACAAUUUUUAUUAAUUUAUAAGAUUGUAAUAAACUUUGUGAUACUUAUUUAAAUAAAUAUUGACUAUCGUAA